CUCAAGUACCAUGAGCCUCUAGUGCUCUCCAAACCUCCCACCUCCUUCCGAAACCUGUGCGAUGUGUCAGGACGGCAUAUUGCGGUCACCAGGAUCAAGGGGAAGUUCUCCGAAGUUGGUAUUGCAAGGCGCAAAUGCACUUUUUGGUCUAAGAAAACGAAAGGCGGCGGAUGGGAUUGCCUCAUUAUAUGUGACCCCCCAGUAAAACGUAUACUUACAGACUAUUGUGGUAUAGCGGGUCAUAACGUCACAAUGUCGCCAUAUAACGCGGGCUACGUAGACUUUGUGCCGCACGAAGACCAAAUCAGGAGCCAAUCGGAACCACCAAGGUCGUCUUUCCUGGAAGAUAUUACCUUCUACCUAAGCAGUCAUUCAAGCGUGCUUAAUCUAGCCGACCCAAUUUCGCUGAGAUUCUUUGUUGAGAAGAUUGUCGCUAGUCACUACCUGAAGCUAACGGAAUUCCUCCAGUCAACUAUCGACAUAGUCCAAUUCAACCUGUCUCGGCAACGAAACCUGACAAGCUUCGCUAUUGCCGCGGUGGAGGAGCAGUGGAGCGACGUGCAAGCGCUAGAAAGACGCAUCGGUGAAUACAAGGACGACCUCGAGGCAAUCAUGCUGCAACUUCGGAUAUCACUGGAGAGCCCCAACAUGAAACAUGCGACGGACUGGAAAGAUAGCACAGUAGACUACCAGUUUUUAUGCUUGCGUCUCAAGGAGAUUGGACAGCGUGCAAACAGUCUAAAUGGCUCGACUGCGGCCCUGGCUGGGCUCACGAACAAUCGUCAGGCGGUCAUGGCACAGACACUUGCACUUCAGGCGACGGAGCGGUCGAUUCGCGAGGCGAAGAGUGUGAAGGCGCUCACAAUACUAGGUGUCGUGUUCGUUCCUCUUGCGUACGUCUCUUCCUUUUUAAGCAUGCCUGAUCCGUAUAGACCUGGAGGGAAGCUAUUCUGGGUGUAUUUUGUCGUUGCCAUACCUUUGAUUGGGCUGAUUACCUUGGGAUAUCACACUUUAGAGUUGGGAUAC